AUGAUCCCAAUUUUACUGGAUGAAAUAAAGUUAAAAAUACAGAAAAUUUCUAUGCAAAACGAGCAUCUAAAAAAGUUUAAUUAUAAGAUGGAAGCAUUAAUAGUUUCUUUAGAAACAUUUACUAUACAAGAAGAUGAAAACUUAGAUAAAAGUAAGGAUACCAUUAAAACACAACAAUAUUGUUAUAAGAAUGAGAUAAUUAGCAAACCUACCAUUUUAAAUCAUAAUAAAAUAAAUAAAGAAUAUAAUUUUAAUGAUAUUCCUGAUAUACAAAAAGUAUCUAAACUAUUAAAAAAAGAACAAACAAGUAGAAAUUACAAAUCCGAAGAAAUUUCUUCUGUUGACAUGUCACAAACAUCUUUAGAUACAAGUUUAUUAUUUGAUUUGAAAAACGAUGUACUAUCUAAAGCGCUUACAGAUAAAAAUUUGAGUAAAGUAAAUAAAGGACAUCUUAUUAAAGUCUUGGAUGUGCUUAAUAAAAAUAAACAAGGUAUUAUGUGGGAAGAUCUGAUUCAAAAGUCAGGUGUACCAAGAUACAAAUGUAUAGAAAUAUUAAAUUGUCUUGUUAAGAGUGAUCCGCCUUUAAUGAUUAAAAAGCGAGAUAAAGGAUUUACAUGUUUUAUUAAUCCUAAUUAA